UCGUUCGAUCUCCUUGCCCCCGACUCUUCGUUGCCGUCGCGUUUGUUGCCAACGCCAUCCGAGGGAGGCGUCGCCGCCGCCACCGCGUCUCCAGGGCAGGGCGGUUUGAAUCCCUGCCGUCGAUGUACGGGAUCGAGGCCGAUGAAAUCCGGGAGACGUCGUCGCCGCCGUCCGAAGGGAUACGCCGCUGCCGCGUCUCCAGGGCGGCGCGGUUUCAAUCCCUGCCGCCGCCGCGUCUCCAGGGCAGGGCGAUUUCAAUCCCUGCCGCCGACGUACGGGAUCGCCGCCACCGAACUCCGGGAAACGCCGUCGCCGCCGUCCGAUGGGAGACACCGCCGCCGCGUCUCCAGGGCAGGGCGGUUUCAAUCCCAGGUAUUGGAUUGCAUUGGUAUCACAGAACCCAAGAAGCGUAUGGUUAAAGAGGUUGACGGAAGACACUGGUGAUGCCCUGCCUGAGCACCUUAGACUUUACCAGCAAGACCAAGCUAUGGGCAGGUCAUUUAAUUUCAGACAUUCAACAUUCUCCAUGCAUGCUAUGGAAAUGGUGAUGUUGGGUGAUGCACGCAUGCUUGAGCGUGUUAGCACGUUGGCGGGGGAAAGGCAAUCUAACUGAUGGUUGAUACGUCACCCGCUCGUAUACUCUGUUCUCAUUGUGCGACCCUUGCAGUAUAGUAUAGGACUCAUUUUUUUCACCUUUUAAUUCUGGUAAUCCAAUUCAUAGGUUACUCACUUUGCUUUAACUAACAGCAAGGACACUGCCAUCUAUGAAUAUAUGAACAAAACAAACCGGUGGUAGAGUCUUUUAGUUGCCCCAAUUCUCCGUGUGAAAUGCUUUCUGAAUGUCAAAGUUUGUGUAGAUUUUGAAGAUAUAUUUUGCAUAUGUACUUGUGAAUAAGCUUAAAUGCCCGUGCGACUCUGGAGAAUGGACAAUGCACAUGUGUGAUGCCUGAAGCAUGCACUCUUUAAAAAAAGUUAGAUUACUUGUACUUUCACGCAUCUAAUCUAAUUAUUUAACAGUUCAGUUCAAGUUACAUAUAUUUUGUUUGUGGGCUAUUCUUAUAAAAAAAUGCACAUCUAAUGUAUGAUUAAUUUCAUGAUCACAAAUAUGAUUUAAUUAUGUAGCUCUUUGAUGAAGUCUGAGCUUUCUUUCAAAAUGAUUUGUUUUUCCGGCAAUUCCUCACAAAACAAGCGGUACGAAAGAGUGCAUCUUCUGUUUUAGAAUCAUUGUUCAAUUAUUACUGUCUUGGUCUAUAUUUUGGUUACAGAUUUACAUGGAAAAUUAUAUUUGCAAUGUCAUUGGCAGCCGUUGGUGGAGGAGUUGACCAUGGGCAAAGCGCUACAGCCAAGCCUUCUCGCCAUCGAGCUCCUACUAUUUCCGAUGGCUGCCACCCACGCCGCUCAUUGCGAAAGAGAUUUGAGAAAGUCCAGACCUAAAAAAUUGUACAACGCUGCAUUAAUCUAGGACCUGGCGAGGAUGGGUUCAGCGAGCAAGCAUCCUUUCAUGGAUUUCUGGUCCAUGAGAACUUGUGCUCGGCUGAUAUCAAGCAUCCUGUGUUGUGGUGCGGUAGCGGGAUAACAAGGAUUUGACUUAGAAGAAAAGCAUCGUCAGAAGGCUGUCAGUGGCGAGAUGGUGCAUUUUUGGGGUCAUAUCUAGUGCAUCCGGGAUAGGUGGUGCAUCCGUGUAUCCGUCGACUCCUCAGCCGGCCGAUUCACAUCUCACGUAUGGGAUCAAAAGCAACAUAAUUUUGCAGAAACACGCCCACCGCCUCUCCAAGUCCAGUCAGCUAAUUUGCUAAUAACCCCCUCCGCUAAUCACACUUCUAAAUCCCUUAUUCCCUGUUCGUCUCCCUCCCAAUCCCUAAUCACGGCCGCAACCUCCAUCCCAACGAGGGCAUCGGCCGCGGCAGCAUGCAUCCACAGGCACAAUCGCCACGGCGGAUUUCGUCUGCCCUGGCGAUCUCAGCGACGGCCACGACGGGAUGCAUCUCCGAACUCCCCAUCAGCUUCGUGGAAAAAUUCUCAUCACGUGAUAAGCUGCAACAGAUCGUCACGGCGGCUUCUACUGUUAAGGAUGUUGAACAUGCAUCAGCGGUGAUCCAUAAUUCAAGUGUCGACCAUCGGUGUGCCUAUGCAUCUAGCCAUGGUGUGGCCCAUCUCACUUGCCCUGCUACUUCUGUUGAAAAUACUAGUGCUGCAGAAUAUGAACCGAACUUCAGUAUGGUGGAUGGAGCUUCAGCUACAGAAUCAGGUAAAAGCUUGCAAACUCAAAUGAAUGAGCGCGAAUUUACUACGCCAAGAAAGAAAGAAAGCAUUCCCCUAUUCUGCUCGUCUUUUACGCCGAGUUGCGACGAAAAAUUUACAGGGGUCAACCAUCACUUACAGAGUGUGUUUUUUGGUGCGGCAUUCUUGUGCAAUGAGCAGACUGAGUCAUAUGUUUGGUUAUUUGAGACCUUCCUUACAGCAAUGGGAGGGGUAGCACCUAGACUCAUUAUAACUGAUGAAGCUGUUAGCAUGAAGAAUGCGAUUGAAACAGUUUUUCCGACCACAGUGCAUAGGUUAUGUAUGUGGCACAUAAUGGAAAAACUUCCGGAGAAGAUUGGACCAAUAAUUAGAGAAGAGUCUGAAUUUUGGGACAAGAUGAAUUCGUGUGUAUGGGGUUCGGAAACUCCAGCAGAGUUUGAAUCACAAUGGAAUUCUGUCAUUACGGAGUAUGGCUUGGAGGAAAAUGAGUGGCUGGUUAAAAGGUUUAGCAUUCGCGAGUCAUGGAUACCAGCUUACUUUAUGAACAUACCAUUGGCGGGUAUUCUCCGAACCACUUCAAGGUCUGAAAGUGCAAAUUCAUUUUUUAACCGUUUUAUUCAUCGUAAGCUUGCUUUGGUUGAGUUCUGGCUUAGGUUUGACAUGGCAUUAGAAUGCCAACGAGAAGAAGAGUUGAUUGCUGACAACUCAAGCAUUCAUACAACCCCGCAACUAUUGACACCAUGGGAAAUGGAGAAACAAGGUAGAGAUGUGUUUACAUAUGAGGUGUUUGAGAAAUUUCAGAAAGAGAUUGUUGCAGCAAGAGACCAUUGUUGCAUCCAAGGCAUUGCACAAGAUGGAACACUAAAAAUAGUGACAUUGAGAGGUCGAUCCCAUAGGAUUAGGGAAGUUCAGUCUGACACCAAAACCAUGAUAGCUCAUUGUUCAUGUAAGUUAUUUGAAACAAUUGGAAUCCCGUGCCGCCAUAUCAUGCAGGUGUUGAGGGCUGAAAAUCAAAAUGAACUUCCAUCUUACUACAUUAUGAAAAGAUGGAAGAAACGGUGCAAAAGGGAGAAUGUGUAUGAUGAGCAUGGGAAUUUAAUAGAAGAGAAGGCAACCGAUUCGUUGAAUGAAGCUACGAGGAAGAAGAUUUCAGUUGUACGCAACAAGUUGGAAGAUCUAAUUCAGAAGGCCAAGCACUCGGAUGAAGGCAUGGAUUUUCUAACAUCAAGUGUAUUAAAUAUUGAAGCACCUUUGGAUGAAAUGGUUCCCACAUCAGGUGUGAAGCACACUAGACAAGAUGAGAAUGAGGCUUUUAUUGGUUGCAAUAUUCCUACUGAAAUUGACAUACACCCGCCAACUGAUGUUCGCACGGUGGGGAGAUGCAAAAGAAUAAAGAGAGGAAAGGAAAUAAGUGAGGAGGAACAGAAAAAGAAGAAGAAGGAAGCCAAGGUAAAGGUUGCACGCUUGUGCAAGACAACAAAUAGUUUUUCAUGAUAGUCGCAAUUGUCCUAGCAAAAAAGAAGGCAAAGGGGCUGAGAUUGUGCUGCAGAUGAAGCCAAGUGGUGCUCCGUGAUGGCUCUCAGUCUGUUGAAAAACAUGAAUUUGUAUUAGUGAGAUACUAAUAUUAUUUCCUUGAUAUAUUGAAUUCUUGUGAUGGAUGGAAAAUUGAGUUUCUUGAACUGUCUCCCUCUUA